CCCAACUCUCAGCUCCUCGACAGAGGUGUUAAUCUUGAGGGUCUGAUAUUCUCUCUGCCCACGGUGGUCCCAGCGCACAGGAUGAUCCCCAAGGAGCAGAAGGAGCCAGUGAUGGCUGCCAUGGGGGACCAAGCUGGACCAGUCCCUUUGCUGGACCUGGGCAAGAAGCUGAGCAUGCCCCAGGACUUAAUGAUGGAGGAGCUAUCGCUACGCAACAACCGAGGAUCCCUCCUCUUCCAGAAGAGACAGCGCCGUGUGCAGAAAUUCACCUUUGAGCUUGCUGCCAGCCAGCGGGAGGUUGCCAACAGCCUGGAGUUGCAGAACUGCCACUCAGAGCUCCACAUCUUCCCAGCCGGGGACCCUGAGGAUGCCCAGCCUGAAGCUUCCCAGGUGAAGCGCGCCCCUAGCCCCAGCGCCCUGGCACCAGGCUAUGCCGAGCCACUCAAGAGCAUCCCGCCAGAGAAGUUCAACCACACGGUCAUCCCCAAGGGCUACCACUGCCCGUGGCAGGAGUUUGUCAGCUACCGGGACUACCAGAGCAAUGGCCGAAGUCAAACUCCCAGCCCUGCACAGUAUCGGAAUUUCAACAAGACCCCCGUGCCGUUUGGAGGACCCCUGGUGGGGGAGACCACGUCCAGGACAGGCACCCCCUUCCUCCCAGAGCUCACCAGUGGCUUGGAACUUCUCCGCCUCAGACCCAACUUCAACAGAGUGGCCCAGGGCUGGGUCCGAAACCUCCCAGAGUCUGAGGACCUGUAGCCCCAGCCUUCAGUCCCCGGUCUCAGAGUUUGGGGAAUACCAGGAGCCAAGAUUUGUGGACUGCACUUCACAGUUUACAAAGGGCCUUCACACACAAAACCUAUUGCAAAUGGCCUCAAAGGUCACAAAGUUCGGUAGUUCACAGAUAAUGGGGUUUAGAAAGUUUUUCCUUUUACUGAGAUGCAGUUGUCUUUAUUCAUGCUCUAACAUUUACUAAGCACCUACUAUGUGCUAGACAUUGUGACAGUUCCAUGCAGAGGAGUCUGGUCCCUGACCUAGAGUAGGAAAAGAUAGUAGGGAAGACAGAUUUAUAAAGCAGUAAAUUAUCUUAAUUUUUCCUAAAGCACCUGAAAAACAAAAUGUAGUGAGGCAGGGGAGGGCAUCUUGAACCCUGGGUGUGUGUGUGGGUGGGGGCUAGGGGGAUCAAUUCCAGGGGAUUUGAACAGGACUUCAGAGGAGGAGUAAGAGUCGAUUAAGGGGAGAGGGUGUGCUCCAGGGGAGGCACUCUUGGCCAGUGGACCAGGGUAAGCUGGAAAGGUGGAGAACUGCCAUAGGGCAGGGUGUUCCGGAGCAGGGAGAGCCUGUGUUUAAGCAGUUGGUGACUCCGUGGAACAGUGGUCGCCAACCGGUGGUCUGUGGACCACUGGUGGUUUGC